AUACUGACAGAGGAAUUGUGUGAUUUUUGUGACAGGGUCCAUUUGAGUGUUGCUGCUUGUCUUUUUUCGGGAAUGUGCCAAUGCGCAGUCGCAAAUCCUCGUGCGUGUUGUCGGUCACUAUGACGACGGGCCUGCUAAACCUUUUAGGCCUGCACACGGUGCACACUGUGCAGACGGACUACAAACAGAUUAUGUGCGCCGGUGUUGUUUCACAGGUUGCCAGGAACAAUGUGGACAAAUUAGAGAGACCUGAAGAACAACCUGGAUGUGUUUUUCAAUCAUUAUAUCAAAGACCUGAACACGUGUUAAAGUAUGAGUGAGGUGGCUUGCACAAAUUCCCAGGAGGAGUAUGAGGAUGACUUUGAGAAGGAUCUGGACUGGCUGAUCAGUGAGGAGGAAGGCCAGAGCGAGGACCAGGGGAAUGAAUGUGAGAACUUGGAGGCAGAAAUAGAUAAAGAGCUAGGUGAGGAUGAAAAUCAACACAGAAGGAAACAACAUGAAAAAAACCAGAAGGAAGAGGAAAGUGAAACAAAGCAGUUGAAAGCAGAUGAAGAAAGAUGGCCUUCACCCAUGGACCUGAUGCAGCACAGCUCGGAUGGAGAGAGCCCAAAUCAGUCAUCACUCUCGCCCACAGUCCCACCUCCUCCAGUGCUGGAGGACCAGACAGAUGAGGAGAAAAAGUACAUUCUGGAGAAGAUCCAGCAGGCUAAUCGGGAGCUGCAGGACCAAGAAUCUCCAAAUGUGACGCGACACAAGCGGCUUCACUUUAAAGACAAGCUGGUGGACCUGGUGGUGCCUCCACCGCAGUUUGCAAAAGAUGACGCAUUCUAUGGUGCAGAUGUGAUGGAGCAAAAAGACAACCAGGAUAGAGGGAAGGAAGCAGAUACUGAAGUGUCAGGAAAGCUUUCUGAGCUAAAGCUGUCCACUGUGGAGGACAGUGUGGGUGAAAUAGCAUCUAGCAGGAAAGGACAGGGCAGUGAGGAAAAGCUGGAAGCAAAGGAGGGAAGAGUUUUAGUAGAAAAGGAUGGGAAAUUUCACCUGGUCAGCCUGAAGGAAGUGGAGAGUUUAGGCCUUCUGCCUCCCAUACCAAACAGCAACACUUCCCCACGUCCCCAGGAGGCCACUGUGAGCCCCUGCAAGAGCCACGGCUUGUCCUCUUCUCCUCAUUCCCGGUCCAGCUCCUCCUUCUUUCAGCAGGGUGUUGAUCAUGUUUGUGUACCCCGACCUCCAGUCCAGCCCCGGAACAGACCCAGCUCAGCAAGCCUGAGCCAAAGAGGCAGUCAGAGGAGGGGAACCAAACGCCGGGUGCAGUCAGCCGCCGGAUCACCCUGCCAAACCACCUACACCCUCUCCCCCCAGCAGAAGGAGCUACUGCAGAAGAUCCAUGAGAGGAAGGAGCAGAUGGCCAGAGAGGCAGAGCAAAAGAAACAAGAGGAAGAGGAGCAGAAGAGGCAGGAGAAUGAGUUGGCAUUCAAAGCAUGGCUGAUGAAGAAGAGAGAGCAGCUCCAGGAAGAGAGGAGGAUCCACCGAGCCCAGGAAAUGGAGAGGACGACUCCUCAGAGAGAUUCCAGUAAUCCAGAGGAGGCCUUCAGGCUGUGGCUCCAGAGGAAGCAGGAGCAACAGCAGAGAGAGAGGCAGCUGGUGGAACUGAAGAGGCUGGAGGAAGACAGCAGAUACCGCUUACGCAGCCGCGUGGAGUGUGAGCAUGCCUUCAAACUAUGGCUGAAAAGAAAGUGGGCAGAGAAGCACGCUGAGCAGCAGGCAGCUCGAGAACACUCCCGCAGGUUGUUGCUGGAGGAGCGGCGUGCACGACGCAUGCGCGACUUACACUGUACUGUCAAUGAGCUCAAGCCAUUCAGAUUUGCUGAACAAGGGGCCUUCCACUUCUAAACCAGACCAAUGGGCUGUACACAAAAAGCGUAACAGGAAGUGCUGUGGAUGUCAUGUCCUGUUAAAGCUACAGUGUGUAGGAUUUAGUGCCAUCUAAUGGUGAGACUGCACAUUGCAGUAUGUCAUUGCAUUCACUUUUUAAUUUCUUUGCCAACAGGGAUUCAGGCUCCUUUACCUUCUGUUGUGAUAAACAAUAUGUAUGAUCCUCAAUUUCACAAAAAUGGGGGUUAUCAAACUUGUUAGCCUGCGCCAGCAGUCAGUGUAUAGAGAAUAAGCCCUGAUUCCUCUUCUUUUUUCUUCAGUCUUCUGGCUGUGCUUCAAAAUGCAAAAAAGUUUUGUACUCCUGAUGACAGGCCUCCAUGGUGGGGUCCGCUCCCAUGCAGAUAUGAUGGGCUCAUUCUAAGCUCUUAAAAAAGCAUUUAUUCUUUGUUGCAGCUAAAAUAUACACACUAAUAAAAGAUGGUUAUGAAUGCUGUAUACCACCUUUGCUAAUAAACAGUCCUAAAUUCUACACACUUUUGCUUUAAACACAGAACGCACACGUCUCUACCCCCAUUUCAAGUAAAGACACUUUUUAAAAAUGUUUUUUCUAAAGUGACCUUUGCUCAGCAUGAAAA